UUGGAGUGGAGAGACACUAGAAAGUCGCGCGUUUGCUAUUGCAAGCUGCCACAGUAGGAGGGAAGAAUCCAGUCGAAGCCAAGCGGUUGCCGACGUCGCGUCUUCUAACGUUACAGGAGGAGGAGGUCUAGCCCCGCUCUCUCUCAGCCACAAGCCGAUAAGGAUGGAGGUCUAUUGCUAAAACAACCACGGAGAGAUACGCGCUGAUACCCUCCAUGGCUGUGGACGCUGCCUCCAGCUUCAGUUUCUGCCGCCCGGGCCUGGAGCACACCGUCUCAGCCGAGGAGCUCAACUACCAGCUGCCGCGCAAGGCCGGCGGCAACCUCACCUGGCACGACGGGCGCGGACAGAAGAGUGCCGGCGGCAGGACCGUCAAACUGCUGCAGCAGCCGGGCACCGAGGCCCUUCAGCUGCGUCCAGGCGAGGCCUUCACUGUGUACCACACCAGCCCGACGCUGUCCAGCCUGUCCAAGCCUGUGGUGCUGUGGACCCAGCAAGACGUCUGCAAGUGGCUGAAGAAGCACUGUCCGCACAACUACCUGACCUACGUGGAGGCCUUCUCCCACCACGCCAUCACGGGUCGGGCGCUGCUGCGUCUCAACGGGGAGAAGCUGGAGCGCAUGGGCAUCGUGCAGGAGACGCUCAGGCAGGAGGUGCUGCAGCAGGUGCUCCAGCUACAGGUGCAGGAGGAGGUGCGCAACCUGCAGCUGCUCAGCAGAGCGUCAUUCGGAAACCUAUCUUAGCUCGUCCACCCAUUUGGCAGUGCUCUCCUCACCCUCACAAAAGCAGCCGGCCCGCUGAAGGAGGACCUGGACAGGCCUGAUACUGGACGUGAAUGGAGGGUGCAGGAGGACGAGAAGCGUCCUUUUCUCCUCCUCCUCCUCCUCCUCUUCUUCUUCCUCUUCUUCUUCAUCUGUUGGGAUGGGGAGGGGGAGUGGGAGAGAGGGGCGCGGGCGCGGGCAGCCUUGCUUGGGGGAUCCGACGUCCGCGUGCCAAAGCUGUUGGGGCUUCACUGAAAGACACACAAGGACUGGAUGGGGGAGAGCUGGGGGAGACACGGCAGCGCUCAACACAGGGGCCCAUACUGUAGCAUAGAGAUAAGACCCACUCCCCACCGCACCACAGCACACACCACCAGGACACACACACACACACACACACACACACACACACACACACACCGCACCGGGGAGCGGCACCACCCCUUCUCCUUCUGACCACUCUGCUGGGCCAGCCAGCUGCACAGAGGACACUGUCAGGAUUCUAUUCGGAUAUUUCCUUUCUUCUAUCCCUCUGUCGCUCUCGCUUUCCCUCUUUCUUCCCCUUUCUCUCUCUCUCUCUCUCUCUCUCUCUCUGUGUCUGUCGGUCUGUGUUUUGCUCCUGCCUCCCCAGGUUAUUUAUGUGGGUGCUGCUGGAGAGCGUGGUCAGUGGUGGCUGGAGCAGGAGGCCAGUGGAGGGACGCUGGAGAGGGGGGAGGCCAUGAAUCAGGCCACAUUGAUGAGCUGCCUCCUGAACCUCCAGACAGCCAGACCAGC